UGGCGGGUUUGGAUGCGGGCUUCGCCGGCGGCGCGGCUGCAGGAUCGCUCGCCACCCCCCCGCUCGCCCCUCUGGGUCCCCGGGAGGAGCCGCUUCCCAGGGGCUCCCGCAGCGGGGCGGGCGCUGCCGCUCCCCGCACGGCGCCUCCUCCGCCCGCCGGCAGCCACGGGGCUCGCCCGGGCGGUCGCGGCUCGGCAGCCCCGCGGCCAUGGAGCUCUGCCUGCGGCUGCUGCUGCCCGCCUGCCUCGCCCUGCCGGCCGCCGGCCUCGCCAGCAGGUGGCCCAGACAAAUAGUGUCCUCCCCAGGACUCUGUCGGUUUGGAAGUAGAAUUGACUGCUGCUGGGGCUGGGCCCGAUUGUCCUGGGGACAAUGCCAACCUUUCUACGUCUUAAGGCAGAGAAUAGCCAGCCUAAGGUGCCAGCCCAAAGCUAUAUGCCAGCCAGGAUGCAAACAUGGUGAAUGCGUUGGACCGAACAAGUGUAAGUGCCACCUGGGGUACACUGGAAAAACCUGCAACCAAGAUGAGCAGCUAUAUACAAGUGCACCUGGUCAGAGCAGUGAAGCACUUCUAUUCCGCCCUCUGGAUCUUCAUGCAAGAUGUAUAGUGUCAAGGGAUCUAAAUGAGUGUGGACUAAAGCCGCGGCCGUGCAAACACCGGUGUAUGAAUACCUAUGGCAGCUACAAGUGCUACUGUCUGAAUGGCUACAUGCUUAUGCCAGAUGGAACGUGCUCGAAUGCUGUUUCUUGCUCGAUGGCAAACUGUCAGUAUGGCUGUGAUGUACUGAAAGGGGAAGUACGCUGCCGCUGUCCUUCUCCAGGGCUGCAGCUAGGGCCUGAUGGCAGGACCUGCAUAGAUAUUGAUGAAUGUGCUACUGGGAGAGUUAUCUGUCCACGAUUUAGGCACUGUGUCAAUACAUUUGGAAGCUACAUAUGCAAGUGUCAUAAAGGGUUUGAUCUAAUGUACAUUGGAGGCAAAUACCAAUGCCAUGAUAUAGAUGAAUGUUCCCUUGGCCACCAUCAGUGUGGUAGUUUUUCUCGAUGUUACAAUACACCAGGAUCCUACAAAUGCAAGUGUAAAGAAGGGUUCAGAGACAAUGGAACAAAUUGCAUACUUAUUCCUAAUGUUAUGAUUGAACCGCCUGGUCCAUAUCAUACAUUCAAGGGCAACAGCACGCUCUCUAAGGGAGGCAGUGGUAUAACCAGUAGGAUUCCUGAUGUUGGAGGCACAAGGCAACCCCUCAGAUCACCAUAUGUACCCGCUAUUGUUACAGAAAGGCCAGUGACCAGGCCAAUGACUCGGCCUACACCCAGGCCAACAACUCGUCCCACACCCAGGCCAACAACUCGACUGACAGCAAAGCCAACCACUAGGUCUGUGCCAAUCACAACAAGGCCAGUAACGAUGCCAGUGACGAGGCCUCCACCUCCAACACCACCUCAACCUACAACAUUAAGACCUACACUACCACCACAAACAACUCCUCUGCUAACAACUGAAGAGCCUUCACAUGUUCCUAUUGAAACUACAUCUUCCCAAGGAAUUACAGAUGACAACAGGAUCCAGAGAGAUCCUCAGAAACCCCGAGGCGAUGUGUUCAUUCCACGCCAGCCAGGAGUGAGCAAUAAUCUGUUUGAAAUACUUGAAAUCGAAAGAGGGAUUACUGCUGAUGAAUUUGAAGCAAAUGAUGACCCAGGUAUGCUGGUGCAUAGCUGUAAUUUUGACAGUGGACUGUGCGGCUGGAUCAAGGACAAAGAUGAUGACUUGCACUGGGAACCAGUAAGAGAUGCAUCAGGGGGACAGUAUCUUACCAUCUCUGACCCCAAAGGCAAAGAAGGAAGAGUAGCACAUCUUAUCCUGCCAUUGGGUCACUUGGCUCAGGCUGGUGACUUGUGCCUGUCAUUUAGGCAUAAGGUGCCUGGACUGCAUUCUGGUGCCCUCCAAGUCUUUGUAAGGAAAAACGGUGCUCACGGACCAGCCGUUUGGGGAAGAAAUGGUGGCCAUGGCUGGAGACAGACACAUAUAUCUUUGCGAGGAUUAGGCAUCAAGAGUGUUAUUUUCAGAGGGGAGAAAGGGAAAGGAAGAACUGGGGAUGUUGGACUGGAUGAUGUGGUCUUGAGGAGAGGACGCUGCUCUGAAGAGCACUAGCAGAGAUAAUGGAUCAGCACAGUCAUCUCUUAUAACCCUUGUCGUGCUAUUUCUGCCGAGCUUUGAAACAGAACUUGAUGAUAAAAAGAAAAAGUUGGAGACUGGCAACUUCUUAUUGGUCUGCUAAGUGCAAUCUCACUGAAACUUCGCUUAGAAACAUGGAGAGCACCUCCUACAAUUCAGGAACUCCAACCUUGUGUUGGUUGUUUGUAUUAAUCCUUACUCCUAUUUCCUAUUAAUAACUUGAACACUUGUUUAGCCUGGUGAGCGCUCACACAAAGAGCACUUCUGAAAAAGGGAGAAUUAAUUACAGUUGGUGACAAAAGAAUGCUCCAGCUCAGAAAGUUUUAGUGCUAACUGAUAGUCAUUGUCUUCCCAUAGUGCUAUGCUUUCAUUGGUUAGAUUUGAUAGACAGUGGGAUUAAUCUGGCUUCAGUGUCACUUUAGAUUAGCAGAAGCCUGGACCUGAACUUUGGCUUACUGCCACUGGCCUUUGAAGAAGGGUUUGCUCCUUAUGAAAUAGUGUUUGUUUUGGCGUUGCAUCUGUAUUAACAAAAAGCAGUUAUAUUGAAAAGGCACUGCAUCCUGUAAUAUUGCUACUGCUGUGUUUUGUGUAUAUGUGUAUGGUUAUUAACAUAUUUAUGUUUUUAAUAUUUACAAACGCUAGUUGCAAGGUAAUUGGCAGCUGUGCUUUCUUAUUGUACAAGACAGGAGUUCAGCAUAUUCUUUGAUCCCGCUGGUCGUGCCAAUAGAUACAUUACCAAAGUCAGAUAAUGGUGCUCAUUGAAAAAUGCUGGGGCAGUUUUUCGUGUUGUAAUAUGCUUAAGAAGACGAAAGACCAAACCCUUACCUGAUG